AUGGGGCAUAGGAACUCAGGUUUUGCUGCUAAGUUGAUGAACGAUGAGAAAGAGCGACAAAUGCGUUUAUCAGCAGCGUCGGACCUAAGGGAGCUCUGGUCAGCCUAUAUCAAAAGGACGUGUGUUGUUGAUGGACGGCUGAAUGUGAAGGAGUUACGGCAAGCGUCUUGGCUGGGAGCAGUGGUGGAAGUCAUUGACUCGACGGACCGGUACAUGAUUGGUCUGUCGGGUACAGUGAUGAUGGAGAAUCAGAACAGUCUGGUUGUUAUGGACCACGAUGAUGCUAGGUGA